UAAACUUAACGAUAAGGCCACUUGGUAUUGAUACAGAAGUGUCAGUGUCAAUUGUAUAAACUAUUUAAUAGAGUGUACUUAAAUAAACCUGUAUAGAUUGAUAUAUAACCUGUAAUUUAAUAAUAUCACAUUAAUAUAAUAACAAAUAUGGCAGGUAAUUCAACUAAUUUAAUUCAUGGGGCAGAUCAUAUCGUUCGGGUAAAGGAUGUUGUACCCCCAAUUAAUAUUUCUACCACUUACAGAUAUGAUUCUGAUCCUUCGAAAUUAAUUAAAGUUGCUGAUAAAGGUGGUUAUGAAAUUCUUAAUAAUUAUUGGUAUUCAAGAUUAUCACAUCCUAAUUCAGAACAAAUUGAACAAGCAGUCUCCAAAGUCACUGGUGGUUAUGUUGUUGCUUAUUCUUCAGGUCUUUCUGCCUUUUAUGCUCUUAUGACUCACUAUAAUCCUAAGGUUUUAGCCAUUGGUGAAGGUUAUCAUGGAAUUCAUGGAAUUGCUGAUAUUUUUACUAGAAAUCAAGGAUUAAAACAAAUUAAAUUAGAUGAAGAUUUCAGUCAAUUAAACAAGGGAGAUAUUGUCCAUUUAGAAACACCAGUUAAUCCAGAAGGUAUAACUUUUGAUAUUAAAUAUUAUGCUGAUAAAGCUCAUGAAAGAGGAGCUUAUUUACUGGUGGAUGCGACUUUUGCACCACCUCCAUUACUGGAUCCAUUCAAAUUUGGUGCUGAUAUUAUCUUACAUUCAGCUACUAAAUUCUUUGGUGGUCAUAGUGAUUUAUUAGCUGGUUUCUUAAUCACAAAGUCACAAGAAAUUAGAGAUGCUUUGUUAUAUGAUAGACUUUUAUUGGGGACUAAUAUUGCCAAUUUAGAAAGUUCUCUUUUAAUCAGAGGUAUUAGAACUUUAGAUUUAAGAGUGCGUAAACAAUCUGAUUCUGCAACAAAGAUUGUUGAUUAUCUCUCCAAGAAUAAAUCGAAGAUACCUGGGUUAGUUGAGAUUUAUCAUGGAUCUUUACAAACAGAUGCUUAUAUUAAAGAUCAAAUGCCCAAUGGUCAUUCUCCAGUAUUUUCUAUUAAAGUUGAAUCUGAAAACUUUGCUAAAUAUCUUCCAUCUAAAUUACAAUAUUUCUAUCAUGCAACUUCUUUAGGUGGUGUUGAAAGUUUAAUUGAAUGGAGAGCCUUGAGUGAUCCUAAGGCUCAUCCAGGUCUUUUAAGAGUUAGUAUUGGAGUUGAAGACUAUGAAGAUUUACUUGAAGAUUUACUUCAAGCCUUUUCUGCUACUCAGCUUGAAGUAGCCUCUUUAAACUAAACUAGAAAUUUUGUAGAAUGUUAGUAGAAUUACCCAUUCGGAGUCUCCGCGGAGAUAGCGAAGAUCAAAAUAUACGCAAAAAGGGUGAUAAAUUCCUGUAAAAAAGAGGCAUAUACAAAUCAAUAUACUGUUAUUAUUACUCUAUCCACUUAAAUAUGAUAUUGUAUAAGUGAACUAAUGCCAAUGAUUGAAUCAA